UCCCCCAGCUGUGCAUGAGUGGCAGUGAACAACACACAGGAUGGAAUCUUGGACAGGAUGACAGCGUACUCCAUGGGAAGCACCUUCCACCAUCCCCAAGGAGACAGAACUGUGGGGACCCUGGAGAUGCAUUAUAUGUAGUCACAGAAGAACAUAGUUUAAUUCCUCAUGGUCUUCAUAAAAAAGACUUAUCCAAAAUAACAGUGAACUCUGCACCCCCAGUCGGUUCUCAGAAUGCCCUAGCCCAAACUGACCGCUUCAGUGUUGUCCAAAGAGACAAACUACCCAAACACACACUAAAGUGCAGCCCAGAGAGUACCUUUCAGGAGCAAAACCCCAAAAAGAAAGGGCGUCAGCCAUCCAUUUUAGUUCCGUGGGAAAAAGAAGACAUUGAGGAAGACUUGAAAACGGAAACAAGAGAGAAGGGUCUUCUGGAAGAGAUUGAGUCCAUAUAUUGUAUAAGCUCUGCUUUUAAAGCUGAUCUAAAGAUUUCAGAUCCCGAGGAUAAAGCUUAAUUAUAGUAUACACAAUGGACAUUUUAACAUUGGUUUCCAAUCUCCAGAAAACUCUCGGCGCAGGCUACUAGUUACCCUUUUUUUCUUUUUCUUUCUCGUUACAUUUUUUCAUUUCUAUCGUUUUAUUUUUUUUCUUUCUCCCCUCUGGAUGAAGCAGUUAUUUAAAUUAACAUAGUUUGCAAACACAUCAUAGUAUGUUGGUUUACCGCUAUGACCAAAUGUUUUGCAUCACCCUAUAAAAUUAACUCAUUUUGCUUCAUGAAACCAAAUUAAACCUGAUG